GACCGCGACGACUGGGAGAGCGGCCUGAAGGCCAUGGAGUGCGCCCUGCACCUGGAGAAGAGCGUGAACCAGUGCCUGCUCGACCUGCACCAGCUGGCCACCGACAAGAACGACGCCCACCUGUGCGACUUCCUGGAGAGCCACUACCUGCACGAGCAAGUCAAGUCCAUCAAAGAGCUGGGGGGCUAUGUCAACAGCCUGUGCAAGAUGGGGGCCCCGGAUGCCGGCAUGGCAGAGUACCUCUUUGACAAGCUCACCCUGGGCGACAGCGACAAAAAGAACUGAGUUGGGACUGUUUCCCCUAUAGCCCAGGGUGCAUGGUGACUUUCCCUGAUCACCAUGCCGAGCAUGCAUAUUGCAGCAUUGCCUUUGCAAAACGUUCCAGUUUUUUUCUUCCAGUU